AUGACACCCCAAACGAACACCCCAACCACUUCAGCGAAGAUGAAGGACCUCUCCAGCGCAAAGACUGCCAACAUCAGCGCUCGCCCAUCCCCAAUGGGAACGAGACAACCCCUUCCCAGACAUCAAUGCUCUGGCUCACAAUUCUUCCCCCCCAACGUCCUCACAGACGAAGGGGACACCUCGACAGAGACUGCAUCAACCCCCUCCACCCCAUCCCCGACCCCAAGGAACACCACUCCUACCAUAUCAGUCCCUGAACCCACCACCACCCCCGUCACUACCCCCAAACCAUCCCUCUCCCCCACAAUCAAUAUGGAAGACGAGACACUCCCUACUCCCCCCUCACAUAGCCCACCCUGCCCCCCACCUGACGCAGAUGACGAAGUCAUGUCGGACCACUCCCCUCCAUCGACUAGUCUGACCUCUGUCCCCCCGAAAACCACCACACCCGCCCCCUCAACUGAGGAAGACCUUCUUCGCGCACACCUUGCCGUUGCCGAGACUAAUAGAUCCAUCAUCAGAUUGAACGGUGUCAACUCCCUAACAGUCAUACCACAGUUCACCCCAGUCCCCCAAGGCAGCUUCCCCCACAUCCACCUUGCUCACACAGUGCAGCUCUUUGAUUUCCAGGCCGCCAAAGUAAUCACAGCAUGGCUGAAAGUUCCUCACCCCAAGAUUCUCAUCAGAGUCUUUGACCACGACAGCAAGAACCCUUCCAUGAAGGGACCUAUUCUUGUUGAACACCUGCGCAGAGCAAUCACCGAAAUUGCCCAUUUCAUUCACCAAGACGAACAAAAAGUUAAAGUCUCCCCAUCAUGCCCAGAAGCCAACUGCAUUGAGACUGACCGGCCUCUCAGCUUCCUCGACUAUAAUAUCUCUGAGGAGACGAAAACUUUAAUCCUAAACCAACUCAAAUCCGCUGUUCACGACACCUGGACAGAAGACGUGACGAGAUGGGACAUCAGAGAUAUUCUCUCUGAAUGCGAAAUUCCCAAAGAGAAAGUUCACAUCGCAGCUUGGGACUUUAUCAACACUCUCUGGGUUGAACACCUUGACUUCAAGGCUAGCGGCAGCAUCUCCCUGCCCCGCUACAACAUCUUCGCUGUGAGCCCUACCAGUAACCCCACUGUGUGGACCAAGUUACGAGCCUAUCUCCACUCUCUCACAUACCCUUCAGAACUCGAAGGCAGCGGCACCGCCGUCAACUUCAUUCCAUGCCCACUCUGUCAUUCAAUUGCUCACCCUCGCGGAUUAUACCCUUUCCCCAAUGUCCCUCUCUGGAAUGGACCAAAGCACAACAUCAACCCAAGACCAUCCAACAUGAACAUGAGAGGCAGAGGAAGGGGAAGGAGAACCCCCACCUAG